CUCCCUUUGGCACUCGUGCCAAAUUACAUAAUGCAUGUUACAGGAUCGGCAUCAGUAUUCGCCGGAGGAGCUUCGUUGAACGGAGGAGCAGCAGAAGAGGAAAGUAGCGGAACGACGAGUAAGAGGGAAAGGAAAAUCAAUGUCAGGCAACCAGUGCGUUGCAAGGUGAAAUCAAAGGAGCCCGGACGAGCCACACAACCCUCCUCUUUCUCCUUGGAAAGAGUGGAAGCCUGGUCGAUCCCACUGUCGGCGUCGUCGUUGCAAGGGAUGCCAACCCCCCUGUGUAGCCCGGCCGGAGACCAAGAGAAAACCAUAACCCGCACAACGGUCCACUUUCGAGACCUCGCUGAAUCGGAAUAUAACUAUCGAGCUCUCCCUCCUGGCACCCGACCACUUCCGUGGUGACAUGAUUUCUCGCGUUCCCGCCUCGUGUUUUGACUCUUCACUCUCGGUUUCACGGGCGACGCUUAAAGACGACCUGCCCCGCGCCUUUACCGAGGCGGCUUGAAUUUAUUUACCGUCAAUC